AACUUACUGGGAAAUAUCAUAGUCCAACACUGGAGGGCGUUGUUACAGUUUCCAUAAUGGCGGUUUGACUCCCCAAGAACCGCUGUCGAGCGCGUGAUGACUGACGUCAACAUCCGGGCUUUCUGAGUGGAAGAUAACUGCAAAGGCGCGCUAUUUCAAACAUUGAAACAGGGGUGCAUGCCCUUGCUACGUGACCGUACUACUUUUGAAGUCUAGUAUUUUAAACUUGGCGAAAAUAAUUGUCAAGAUUUUUUUUUUUGCGACACAAACUUCCGACUGGUGCUAAAUCUGCCAGUUUGCAGUCGAAUGUUUUCGAGAUGUAAUAAAACAUGAUUAUGUUAUUGGAUGUAGAGAUGUAUCUGCUAACGGCAUCUGGGGCUUUCCAUAUUUUGGCAGGUUAGUGUUUUCGGUAAACGUUGCAUGCUGUAGAAGUAAGGCAUUGUCGCACGAUUUUUUUGCAAAACCUUACAAAAGUAGUUAGUUUGAAGUGAAGUUAAUUUUCAGCUCUGGUUUACAAAAAAGGGCAAGAAGAGAAACCGCCUGCCUGGAAUUGGUUGCGCGUAAAUAGCACUAGACAUUUAUGGUGCCAAGGCAGCGCAUGUGUCAAACCGACUGUUAUUCAAAGUUUCCGUCAAGAAUACCUAAUUUUGCAUGAACCAAAUACGGUACUAUCGCUGGGUGCACUUCAGCCACUUCAGCACUUCCGCGCGCAGUUUCGUUUCUUCUUUCGCUAAGAGAGGGCGCGAUAUGGCAAAACGCCACCCGUCCGUAAAUUUCUUACAAUCAUUGGUGUAAGCUGUGUAAAAGUUCUGUAACGGCGGUCACUCAGCGUGAGGCACGUGAAGAUAAACAUGGGCAGCAAAAAGCACAAGAAGCACCAUAAGUCUGAAAAGAAAGAAGCCAAAGAUGAAGACCGCCAAGAAAAGUCUCUCAAGCUGGUUCUCAAGGUUGGUGGGAGCACGGGUGGGUUGCAGACACCUGUGCCGUCGCCAUCUGCUGUAGCCUCUCCACACAGCGUGCCUCCAGCCCAGCAACAGCACGAACCGAUGGCGGCAGCAGCUGCACCAGCAGCAUUUCGUGUGGAGGCCCCUGGCAUGGUUUGUCAUGCUCAUGAGGGCAGCAGUAGCAGUAAGCACAAAAAGUCCAAGAAGAAGAAAAAGAAGAAGUCUAGCAGCAAAGAACAUAGGGAAAAGAGGCACAGGCACCACCAUCAUCAUCAUCAUCGCCAUCACCACCACCACCAUAAGGAUUCUGAAAAGAAGGAGAAGCGGAAGUGUGAGCACGAAUGUUCCUUGGGCAGUGAAGAGCGCCCACCAGCAGCUAAUGCAGUGGAACCACCACCAGCCAAGCGCCCCCGUCAAGAGUUAGUGCCAGCACCGCCUGAGCCCUCGCAGCCACCUGCUGAACGCCCAGUUAGAGAUCCUCGCACAUGUACAUUAAAGAAGUCCGAUAAGACUCCCCUGCAGAUGCUGCUCUACUACCUUCUAAAAAACCUUCAAAAGAGAGACCCUCAAGAAUUUUUUGCUUGGCCUGUGAAUGAUAUAAUUGCACCGGGCUACUCAACAAUUAUACACAAUCCUAUGGAUUUUAGUACCAUGAGAAAAAAGAUAGAUGACAGUGAAUAUACCUGUGUCAGCGAGUUCAGGGAGGACCUGAAGUUAAUGUGUGAUAAUGCAAUGACCUACAACCGACCUGACACUGUUUACUUCAAGUCUGCAAAGCGUAUGUGGUACUCUGGAAACAAGCUCCUUUCUAAGGAUCAGCUUUUGGCAUUGGAGAGUUCCCUUCCAUUCUUUGCUGACUUGACAUCUGAAGAGCUGGGGUUUGAUGUCAAUGGGACUGCAGCUGCCCCUGAUGUCAAACCACCUACUGAUGUUGCUGAUGCUCCAGUGCCUGUAGAGGCUGCACCACUUGGAAGUCCAGAAUUUGCUAAAAAGAGCAAGAGUGGAUCAAGUGAAGAGGCAGCAUCAGAUGACCAGGCGGCAAGUGAAAUCCUGCUUCAAGCGCAAAAAGCGGCACAAGCCGCAGCUGACAGGUUGACAUUGAAAAAAGUGAAUAGCAAGUUUGGCUUUUUACGUCAGAUGGAAGAUGGAAGCACUACAUUAGCAAUAUUAAACCCAGACUGCGGAAGUACAAAUGGUCCGAAAGAAAUGAAGGUCAACUUAGAAAUGCUAGUUGGAAAGCUUGCUCAUGGAACUGGAACCCUCAUGGAUUUCAAGGAUGACAUCAAAAACAUUGCACGGCCAAUCAAUUACCUCAACUAUGGGACCUACAGCACGUAUGCACCUCACUAUGAUUCUACAUUUGCAAAUCUCUCAAAGGAAGAGUCUGACCUUGUGUACUCAACAUAUGGCGAUGAACUUGGGUUCCAGUAUGCCGAAAGUCUGCUCAGCUUUGCCAAGGAUUGCGAUUAUGUCAUGGACAUGGUUGACAACCUUCUGGAUGUACUGACAUCUGGCGAGCACUCGAAGACUGUAAAACUUCUGGAAGCUCAUCGCAAUGGCAUAGUGCCAGAGGAAAAGGACCUUUUAUCCUUCACAAAUCACACUGAAGUUGAAGAAAUGGAAGUGGAAUCGUCAGAACCAAAGCCUAGUGAUAGCAGGCCACCCGACUCCUUCUAUGCCCUUAACGAUCUCACAGCUGAUUCAACAGUACUGGACAGCAACCAUACAAGCCAAGCACCAGUCCAACAAAAUUUUACAGAGCGGGAUCUUAUGCAUGGAGAUCCUCAUGAAGUUCAUGAACAUCAUGAUCACCACGAGCGUCAUGAUCAUCAUGAGCACCACGAUCGUCAUGACCACCUGCACCAUACAGUUUCAGAAUCCUCAUCACUGGAUAGUGCUGACAGUGAUAUCAAUGCUGUGCUACAACAGAAGCUACAAGAGUCAAAGGAGAUGAUUGAUACCCUGUCCCGUCUGCAACAAGAGCGGCUUAGUGCCACGCCACCAGCACACCUGAGCCAUAUACAGGGUGCCAGUGAACUGGAACUUGAGCUGGCGGAAAAGAUUGCAAAGACACUUUCUGAGCUGGCUUCUCACGCGAAGCCAGGAAGCAUAGUGAGUGUGGAGGCAAUCCGCAAGGCCAUGGGCAUCAACUACCCUCCCACAGCACCUUGUCAUCACCACCACUCAUGCCCACAUGUGGCAUCACCUUACAAUGUCUCAACACACGAUCUCCCCGACAGCAGUAGCAGUAAUGAUGUCUCCUUACGCACUAAUGACUCUCCUUCUUCCAACACCUGACUCUUGUCUCCUUCUAAAACCUACAUACAAAGAUAUGUAGGUUUUUGCUAAGGUGCUUUGCUAAGCCAAUGGGCCAGGAAGGAUUGGAGAGCACAUUGGGCACACGAGACAUUUUGGUGUUCACUGGUAUUGGGGUCUUUUGGAACAUUGUGUAAGCAAAGUCCUGUCAGUAGUCUGCAGUGGAUCUGGCCGAGAGCAGGCUUGUGUUUUUUGCCAGCACUGAAUUCAGUGGAGCUGGUUAGGAACAACAGGAUGUUAGUGACAGGAGAAAGGAAACCCACAGAAUGCAGUCAAAGGGACAAGCAGUGUCGGAGAUUACAAUUUUAUAGGUUUGGGUCAACAGAACAAUGACAGACUCUUCACACAUUUUUUUUCCCCCCGCAGAGAAACUUUGUGAAUCUCUCUAAUUUCUUCUGUCUGCUAGGAAAUGUUCAGCACACCUGUUUGUCCCCCAUAUGGUCACGGUGGUCACGUCAUCUUGAAAACAGAGCAUGAAGAACAGAAGGCAUAUCCGUACAUAUUGCACUGCCUCACUCAUUCCGGUCAUCAGACACUAAAUGAAGGUA